UAUCAUCUCUAAAUAAUAUGAGAUAUAUAUAUAUAUAUAUGUGUGUGUGUGUGUGUGUGUGUGUGUGUUUUAUUGAUGUAAAGUUAUACAAAUGAUAACCUUGUUUUUUGUAGGGAUUUGUUUAAAACAUUUCUGUAUAAAUGAUAACAUGAUAAAUAUAUUUGUCUCGACAUGAUUAGUCAAGAAAUCUAAACCCACGAAAUGAUUCUGUAAUUUACUUCUCUCACUCUUUCGUCUCUAAAGAGAUACAUAAUUAGUGAUACAUGUAGUUUUUAUAGCAGUAAACUUUUGGCAGAGAUCAAUUUAAUAAGCAUCAAAGCUUUAAAUACUAAAAAUUACAUGUAUGACCGAUGACCUUGAGGCAUUUUGGAGCAACUUCUGUAAGAGGGAAUAUACAAGUAGCUACAAAGAUUCCUUGAGAAGACCAUAUUGGCAUUGUCUCGUUGAAUUUAGCUAAAUGUUUCCCAUUUUCUCCUACAAAUACAGGGAUUCAUUCUCUUCAUUUUAAACAAAGGUACUACUCAAAGUUCAUUCCAUUUCUUGUUGCUGAGUUUCUAAGUCACAUCUCUAAACAACGCUAACAGCAAACCAGAGAAGAAGAGUCCAUCUCCCUUAUAUGUCAAAAACCCACUCUCAGCUACAGCUUUAAAAUCAUUACAUUUUUUAAUUUGCUUUUUAUCUUUCUUAUCUUUGCUUAGCAAUGAAUAAGAGAGUUAGCGAAGUUGGCAGUGAGUUCUAGUCUACUGCGGCAGUCAUGCGGAGUGAGACAAUAAGAUGCAGAGUUUCUCAGGCAUCAAAAGUUCUCAUCAGAGCUUUGGUGCAUCACCCACUUCGACAAUACAGCUUCUUCAAGAAGAAGAGUUGGUUUCAUCAACCUUUCUUCCUCAGUUUCGGUUCUUAUGCUUCGAACGCAAGUCAUCUUUCUCUAUUCACAAAGCUGUAGCGAUCCUUUUGGUUUUCUCCAUAAUCAACUCUUUAACCUCAAAACCCAGGUACGUUUCCCUGUCUUUUCCUUCAAGUUUUAACCUUUCGCUAAUUUUUUGUUGACAUCUCUAAGUUUAUCCUAAUUACUAACAUCCCCUAUAGCGUGAGUAACAUCGCUGACCUCCCUGAAGAUUUUUCUUGCUAAUAUCUUUAUCCUAGAAAGGAAGCUAUAAACUGAUGUUAGUUUAGGAUUAGUAUGUGAGAAUGUGAUGGACUUGCAUUAUUCUUGGUGAUAAUCUUGGCAGAGCCAUAUCUUGUAGCUGCUUAUGAAAUUCUUGCUUUCUCCAUGUGGCUGCAAAGCAAGAUUUGGGCCCAAUGUUGUUUAUUUCACCACAUAAUCCUGAUGCAAUGGACAUUGCUUCCUAAACAGGUGCUUGUAUGUCUUCUGGUACAUUUCUGUUAUGUUCUGCAUACUGACCUACUUGUGUGAGGACCUGAUGCAGUAUCUGAAAUACUGGAGGCAAUGGACCGGAAACGGCUGGAAUCCAAAAUCCUAAUGAAGCUUGGCAGAUAUUUGAUUAUGGAAAACUUGUACAAGAUGUUAUGUCUAUUGUAAUUAUCAAGGGACUUUCCUCAGUGAAUUGGCUGUGGACACGCUACAAGCUGGAAUAGCUUUGCAACUGGAAGCCACUGGAGUUGCCAGAAUACAGGGACAGAAUCAUCCAGUUAUAUUCUUUUAACAUGUUCUUUGAAGCUCUCUGGAUCUCUAAUUAUUAGCCACUCCAUUGGUGGUGGUAACAGCAGAACUCUGUCGACCCUGAGCUGAUUGCUAAAAUGGAAAGAAGGGGUAAGGAUUGUCUGUUGAAAAGAAGAUGGAUUUUGCUCCCUUGAAGAAACUGAAUGACAUGAAAAUACAUAUGGCCAAACUGGAAUGGUAUAAGAAAACUUGUGCAUCUGAUAAGUGAGGCUACUACAAAAUAUUUAUAAGAGCAGGGGAUCAUCACAGAAGGAUAUAGAAGUUUUCUAUAAGAAAUACCUCAACAAUCACUGGGAAAAGAUGGUUGCUGAAGCCAAGAGAAAACCUCAAACAGAAGAGGCUGCCUUCAUGACCCAAUCGCUACAUGGUGGGACAAAUUAUCAUAGGAUGGUUGAACCUCUUGACAUUGCUGAGUACUACAACAAGGGUUUGAGAGGAUACAAAACUAAAGGAAGAUAUAAACAUUUCAUAAGGUUGGAGCAUUGUGAAGAGUAUGUAAUGCAGCAGAUGAAGAAUUAUGCGGUAUCUCUGGAGGUUUUCUUGGCAGGGAGCAGCUGCAGUUUUAUGCAAUGGUGGAGAGAGUAUGAAGAAGUUAUAGGAUUCCUAACUUCACAACUCACUCACUCUAUGAAAAAGGGCCUUUACUAUCAGUAUGGCAAUGGGUCAUAGCUUCUGGGAUGACAUAUGAUUAUUGUUCUUAUGAUCUAUGUGUAUAAAGAAGAAACUUCUCUUCAUUCAUUUUUAUUUCUGGAUGAAGCUGAAAAUCUUCACUAUGUUUAUCUUACUUUCUUCUCAGAAGUGAACUGACAAAUCUUCAUAUACAUUGUCAUUGAAAAUGACAAGAAAGAAAUUGCAACAUCAAGUAGUUGCAGAUAAGAGUGGAGACUCAAUAAAACCAGAUGUAAAGCCACAUGGCUACACUCAGCAUAGCUGGAUUUGUCACUUUCCAUAUAAACGGUUGUAUUAGAUGCAACAUAUCAAUGUGAAGGUGUAACAUCCUUGGUUCAUCCUUAAGCAAUGUGGAACGCACAUACAAAUCUCUUAUCUUUUCUUUACUUUGUCAAUGUGAAGUUUGCCUAAAGAUGUUUCAACAGGUUUGAAAAUUCACCAAUAAGUAACAGCAUAUGGAAAGAAAUCUACUUUAUGAGCUUUUAUGAAUUCAGAGAAAGAUCAAAAUCAGGAUAUAAUAUAACCCUUGUGUACAGUAACAGUUCUUGUUGAAGUUUAACCUGAAAUAGUGGGCAAGAGAGGGGGAUUAUUUGGCCAAAAUGGAAUAUAAAUUCUGGAUGAAGGAAUAUGAAUGAGCUGUUAACGUUGACAACACCAAACCAUUUUUUGUGAAGUGGGACAAUCCUCCACGUGCAGAACUUGGUAUUCCAAAUGCAGAACUGUAACAUUAAUAAAUGUGAUCGUUUUGGA